AUAAACGUACGGCAGUGGUUAUUGUCAUUAAGAUGUUUACCUUGGUCUUUGUCCUGCUGUUUCGACGCUCCUGUGAGGCGAUGCUGGUCUGAGUGAGUCACAGAGUUACUGAAUGGCGGGCUGGGUUUAUAAACCUCCGUGAGGGAGUUUGAAGUCCACUUGUCCCUGCGAUCCGUCACGUAGGCACAUCAAACAAGGUCCGACAGCUUCAGAAACAUCACUUUUCACCAUGGAGUGCACGGGAGCGCAGAGGCAGCUCUUCAUCAUUAAAUCCUUCUUCCUCUUGCUCUUCACUCUGUUGUUGGUGUCCAACGGGUCUUCAGCAGUCAUCACGGGGGCCUGUGAGAAGGACUCUCAGUGUGGAGGAGGGAUGUGUUGUGCGAUGAGUUUGUGGAUCCGUGGCCUCCGUAUGUGCACGCCCAUGGGACAGGAAGGAGACGAGUGUCACGCCAUGAGCCACAAGGUUCCUUUCUUUGGGAGGAGACUCCACCACAUGUGCCCCUGCCUGCCCAACCUGUCGUGUCUCAUGUUAGAGGGCAGAUUCAAAUGUCUCUCACCGUACCAGUUUCCAGAUAUCUACCUAUGAAGACUACCACUCAGUUACUUUAUCUCUACUUGCAAUGUAACUAUCUGCCUUUGAAGUCCUGUUUGUUUGUUUCUUAAUUUAUUUUGAAUAAAGAGAUAUAUUUAA